AUGGCAUCUGAAUGCACCGGCAAUUUUACUGCCCUGCCAGGCCAAGCAGACCCACUGACAAUCUGCAAGGAUGAAGGUUUCUUACAGGUGAAAUUGUAUCUCUCCGUCCUUUAUGGCCUAAUCUUCCUGGUGUGCUUCCCAGGAAACAUCGUGGCAAUUUUUGUUUACUUUGUCAAGAUGAGGCCCUGGAAAAGCAGCACCAUCAUUAUGUUAAACCUGGCUGUCACUGACCUGUUAUAUGUAUCAACACUUCCUUUCUUUAUACACUACUCUGUUAACGGAAAUAACUGGAUUUUUGGAGAUUUCAUGUGCAAGUUUAUUUACUUUUGUUUCUACUUCAACAUGUACAGCGGUAUUAUCUUCCUUAGCUGUUUCAGCAUGUUCCGCUUUUUAGUAAUUGUCCACCCACUUAAAUGCCUUUUUGUUCAAAACCGGAGAUGGGCUGUGGUGACUUGUGUAGUCGUUUGGAUGCUCUCUCUGGUGGUCAUCAGUCCCCUGGGCAUCUUAAUUGCCACGAGGCAUAUGCAGAACAGGACGAUCUGCCCAGACUUGUCUUCUGCUGAGGACCUUGGCACUAGUCGAUUGUAUAACUGGGUGCUGACAACAUUCGUCUUCUUCUUGCCUUUGCUGACAGUGACUCUGUGCUAUAUGCUCAUUAUUUACUCCUUGGCUACUGGGCCUCACACACAGGCCUGCUACAAACAAAAGGCUCGCAGACUCGCUGUGGUCCUCCUGGUGGUCUUUUAUGUGUGCUUCCUCCCCUUCCACGUCUUUCGAGGGAUUCGGCUGGAGCUCCGAGGACGACCGAUGGUUAGCUGCUGCUUCAAGAACAUGGUCAAUUUAAUGUUGAUUAUAGUUAAACCUUUAGCAGCAUUAAAUACUUUUGGAAAUUUGCUGCUCUAUGUAGUGUCAGGAGACAACUUUCAGCAGGCAAUCCUCUCGAUCCUCAAGUUUCGGAUGAACAAGAACUUGAAGUAG